GUCCUUUUAAAUCGACCAUUUAAAUCUGGGUGCGGGGAACGAUCUCCUAUGUGAACUGGCUUUUGUGCCUCGCGAUUUCUACGUAUUUAUUUCAGAUCACCAGUGAUUCCAUUUGGCAAGGAAGUCUUUAAUAUCAACAUAUUCUGACGUCUCAAAAAGUUUGAACAUGUCCCAUCUGCAGUUUAAUGCGAAUUUGACCGAGGCCUUAAAAAUGGAUGGGGAAUUGACCAGGGGGCCAGCCCCGAGAUGGCAGCAGCGAGCGCAAGAGCGUGGAGUACACACCCUGUCUAUCAACAAUGAAAACAGCUUUAGUAAUAAAUCUGGAAUAAACAGUCCACACUCUGCAAAGACUCCGCUUAGUGCUACGUCAUUCACAGACGGCAUAAGUCCUGGGAGAGGAAAAUCCCCUGGUCGUUCAAAAUCUCCUGGCCGUAACAUACCAAAGCUGUCUGUUAGAGGUCCUGGUCAGAAGACGCCUAGUCGCAAAACUCCCACAACCCCUCACAGCCAGCAGGAUAGAUUUAUUCCUAAUCGUAGUACGACUGACUUGGAACGUUCACAUCACCUACUAGUAACAAGUAUGGAAAAUUCAAGUAUUGAAAAGAGUGGUGAAGACGACGAACUUUCAUUUCAGCAGAGAGAAUACCAACAGAAAAUGUCAGAAAAUCUCAAUGACGGCCAGCCCAAAGAAAAUAAAAUUUUGUCUUUUAAAAGUAAAGCUCCACAGGCUAAAGAAGGAUAUGCAAGUAAUCUAAAGGUAUUGUACAGUGCCGGAAAACCCUCUGUCUCUAAGGCAGCUUCUACGAGACAUAUACCAAAUGUUCCUGAGAAAGUACUUGAUGCACCGGAGCUUUUAGACGAUUACUACCUUCAUUUGCUUGACUGGAGUGUGAAUAAUCACUUAGCUGUGGCCUUAAGCAGUUCUGUAUACAUAUGGAAUGCUGGGGAUGGGUCUAUAACAGCCCUGACUCAGGUGGAGGAACCAGAUUACAUUUGUUCAUUGUCAUGGAUUAAAGAAGGUAAUGUUCUCGGAAUGGGCUUAAGUUCUGGUCACACUCAGCUAUGGGAUGUUGGACAACAGAAAUUGAUUCGCACCAUGGGGACUCAUGAAGGUCGUGUUACUACAUUGUCAUGGAAUUCAUAUAUUUUAAGUUCAGGCUCAAGAUCUGGUCAGAUUUUCCAUCAUGAUGUACGAGUAGCAGAUCAUCUAAUUGGAAUUUUGUCAGGUCACUCGCAGGAAGUUUGUGGCUUAAAGUGGUCUCCUGACGGACGUUUACUGGCAUCUGGUGGUAAUGACAAUCAAGUAAAUAUUUGGGAGAAUAUGAACACAAGUCCUCUCCAUACAUUUUCUCACCAUCAAGCAGCUAUCAGGGCUGUAAGUUGGUGUCCUUGGCAGAACAACAUUUUAGCAACUGGUGGAGGAACAGCUGAUCGUACCAUAAGGCUGUGGAAUUGCACAACUGGGCUUUGUUUGAAAGAAGUCCUUACUAAUUCUCAGGUUUCAUCCUUAGUUUGGUCACCUCAUUAUAAAGAAAUUAUUUCUGGUCAUGGAUUCUCGAAUAACCAGCUCACCAUAUGGUCUUACCCAUCAAUGUUGAAAGUGGCUGAUUUGUCAGGUCACACUGGUCGUGUUUUAGAGCUGUGCGUGUCUCCAGAUGGUCAGAUGGUGGUUAGUGCUGCAGCAGAUGAGACCAUUCGUAUGUGGAAGUGUUGGGCUGUUGAUAAAAAGGAGAAGAAAAAAGCAGAGUCGGCCAGUCAUCCAAUAUCCAUGUUUUCUCGUACUAUUCGUUAAAUAUUGUUGAAGUUACAUUUCUGUUGGAGGCUUGCUAAAUUUCCUGUUUUGAGAACAAAGAUUCAAAUAAGUUGAUUUUAUUAUUAUUCAUACAUACAAGUAAAUAUAGCAAUGCAUAUAAUAUGUGAAAUUAAAUAUAUUUUUGAAAACCUGAUCUCAAUAGAAUUGCAUAGUAAAAAAAUGAUAGCAGUAUCACUAAUGCAGCAGUAUACUGCAUGAGAGCUAACAUGUGUGAUGUUGUGUAUAUACAAUUCAGUGUACGUACGUAUAUACAUAAUUUUAAAGAAGUGUGUUUCAAAUAAUUGUUUCUUGCAGGUUUUAAAGUCUAUUUUAAUGAAGUGAUGUUUUACAGGUUUCAAACAAUUGUUUCUUACAGGUUUUAAAGUCUAUUUUAUGAACGUUAGAUAUUUUUGUAUGCAAAUUAUGUAAAAAGAAAUUCAAAUAUAAGUUGACUUGGGGCAACAUAACUCCCAUAACACAAAAAGGAUAUUUCUCUGUAAAUGAAUCUUUUAAAUUGCAUUUUAUUUUCAUUCAGGUGAGAUCAUUCAAACAUACAGGGUUCACAUUUAUAUGAAGUAAACAUAUGUGAUAUACUAAUUUAUUUGUAUGACGUGUUAGACCUUGGCUUUAUCUUUCCUCUUUUGUAAUAAAGGUUUCAACUAUUAA